AUGCUGCGAGCGUUGCGUUUCGGCGCUGAUUUGUUUGGGAACGUGAUAGGAUUGAAUCGAAGGCCUAUUCAGACAACGAGGUUAUUUUCCUCUGCUAGCACUGCUGAAGCUAGUGAGAAGACAGUAGAAGCUGUUGAGGAAUCUCCGACGGAUGAAGUGGCUCCGAUGAAGGAGCAAAGAUUCAAGCAGCCUUAUAGUAUUGAGGCGAUUCAGAAGCUCAAGCUGGAUCAAUAUCCAUUGUAUGUGGAGCGAGAAUGGUGGAAAACCGGAAAACGAAUGACGUUUUGGGCGACCUGGCGACAAUUGCGCGAUGUGAAGCGGCGAAAGCAAGUGCAGGAAGUUGGGCCUGAUCGAAUGCGCCUUAAAGCUAUCAAAUUCAACACAAUCCUCCCGCAGGCGAUUCGCGAUGAAGCCGCUGAGAAGCUUCUCCAUGCGAAACGUUAUGAUCAUCCGCGGCUCAUUCUCAAUAUGUGCCAGUUUACCGGAAGACAGCGCGGAAAGAUAAAGCCGUACAGAUUGAAUAGACACUUGUUCCGUAGAUUUGCGGACCGCUCUUAUCUUUGCGGAGUCCAAAGGGCCAUGUGGUAG